AUGGUCUGAAAUCCCCGACUGUGAAGUCUGUGUACAUAAUUGUGUGUGUGGUGUGUGAUUUAAAUAAAAAAGAAAAAGAGAAAAGAAAUAUAAAAUAAAGUGGGACCCACAUCACUUUUUAAGUGAUUUGUGAGACCAAAAUUGGUCUCUGCUGCUCUCUCUCUCUCCCGACUGCUCUCGGCUUCUCCUUUUUCUUUUUUUCUUUUCUUUUCACUUCAACUUCCAUUGUUGAUUGCUCCUUCAUCUUUUGUCGGAUUGAGGUGCCGUUUGAGGCGAAACGAAGCUUGUAGCGAGCUCUACGCAUCCAUACUAUCAAUUUCCAGAUUUGAGUCUUCCUUGGAGCUCGAAUUUGGAGGACCUAUUUUAGGGAUUUCGGCUUGGAUUGUGAGGCUCCAAUAGGUUAUCGGCUUUUGCGACAUAUCCAACAAGAGGAAGCCAAGGGAAAGGGGGUGAUUAUGAACCCUUUUAAGAGGCGCUUUGUCACAGCUCGUCAUGGUGUUCCUCUAGGUGGUAUCGGUGCAGGAAGUAUCGGAAGAAGUUACAAAGGCGAAUUUCUGCGUUGGCAACUAUUCCCUAGAAUAUGUGAAGAAAAUCCAGUCUUAGCAAAUCAAUUUUCAGUUUUUGUUUCUCGGCCAACUGGUGAAAAGUAUUCUACUGUACUGUGCCCAGGAAGCCCAGAAGUGUUCAAAGAUGGUUCAGCUUCAGGAAUUGGAUCUUGGGACUGGAAUCUGAAUGGGUGCAAUUCCACAUAUCAUGCAUUGUUCCCAAGGGCUUGGACUGUAUACGAGGGAGAACCUGAUCCAGAACUUCGAAUAGUUUGUCGUCAAAUUUCCCCUUUCAUUCCCCAUAACUAUAAGGAGAGCAGCUUCCCUGUAACAGUAUUUACUUUUACGCUGUUUAAUAUGGGAAAGUCUUCAGCAGAUGUCAGCUUGCACUUCACAUGGGCACUAAGUUCUUUAUCUAUCUUCGAUCCUUGCAACAUAUUUAUGUCAAUAAUUUCUUUUGUGUGGUUCAUCUGAUGUGUUGCAUAGACUUUUGAAACAGGGUAAAUUACAUUUACUUCCCCUCUAGUUUGUGUUUGUUACACUUACCUCCCUUGUAUCCUUUGUCAUUAUUAUAUAAACAUAACUUUAACUGAAAAGAUUUAAGGGUAUUUUCAUCAUAUAAAUAUUCAAACUUGGUCACGUCGGUUAGUGUCACUGACAUAGGCAGUAUUUGUUACAAACUUACAAACUAGAGAGGGUAACUGUAAUAUGCCAAAACACAGCGGAGGCGAGUGUAACAAACCCAAACUACGGGAGUGGUAAGUGUAAUUUAUCCUUUGAAAGAAUUGUGUCUGAUGGCAACCAUUCUUGUUUAAUGUGUCUUCAGAAUUCUGUUGGUGGGGUUUCUGGAUUGUCUGGUCGUCACAAUAAUUCAAAGAUCAGGAUGAAGGAUGGCAUUCAUGGUGUGCUCCUGCAUCACAUGCAAGUUUCUCAUCUCUAUAUUUGAAAAAGAGCAAUUCUACAGUUGAUGACAUUGCCACAACGGC